CCCACCCUACAUUACCUAAAAGCAGGAAGUAGAUGACUGAUCAUCAAUCGAAACCUCAUGCAGCAGAAAUAGGACAACAAAAGCAGCCAGCUCUUCAAUUUACGUCCAUGUGUCGACUGGUUGAUUUUUAACUGAGGCAAAACUGAUAUCAACACAUCGCGCAGUGGACGCGUUUUAGCAGACAGCCGGUGCACCUGAAAAUAAUGCAUAGCCAAGAUGACACUCAGAAAAGGAGCAUGGGGCAGCACCUCGUAAAACGGGAACCACUUCCUGUUUCCCAGGGCUCUCCAAAAGUAUCUGAACACAUAGCAGAGUCACCUGAGUCACAAGAUGAGGUAUUUGGCCUGGGUGAGGCCGACAUGAACCAGAACAAUGACUGCUCCGGCAAGAGUCCGCUGGUGUCUGACUCCACGACUCCUGUAGUACAUCAGAGCGGCUGGAACCAGCUGAACGCAGCUGACCCUAAUGAAGCAGAGCCCCGCCCACACUUGGUCCGCCUCUUCUCUCGGGACGCUCCGGGACGCGAAGACAACACCUUCAAAGACCGCCCAUCGGAGUCCGACGAACUGGAGACCAUCCAGGAGCACGGUGGAACCGGCUCAGAGUGUGGAUCGGAGUGUGCCGAGCAGGACCCAGAGUAA